CUUAACUCCUGCACUUCCGGGUUAGUGUUAUUCGCUGAUAAGAGUCGACUGGAGGUCAUGGAAUAAAGUGUGUCUCUGGACUUGUUGACAUGUAAUCCGCGUAGUCUCAUGACUACUGCAAAAACAUUAUUGUUUGUUUAAUCGCGCGUUGCUUCUUGACUCAGUCAUGUCGCAGGCUUCGUCUGGAUUCACUCCGGCCGCUCAGGUCCCGCAAGGGUCUAGUAAGGGUCCUUUUAAUGUCUGGGUUGCUCCCACUGAAGAAGAGAGUCGUGUCCUCAAACAGUGUAAUUCAGAAAGCUUCUGGUACAGAUCCUUGCCGUGUUCUGCCAUUGCAAUUGCAGCCACUCAGGUGAUGGUAUCAAGACGAAUCCUUACUCCCUCGCCCCGGUUUGGCUCUCUUCCCAAAGUUGUGUUUGCUGGCAUGUUGGGAUUCAUUACUGGGAAAAUGUCUUACAUGAAGGUCUGUGAAGAAAAGUUUAAAACACUGGAGAACUCCCCGCUGGGAGAGGCGCUACGACAGAGGCGUCUGCGUCACAUGCCUUCAGAGCCAAACCAGUCAGAGUUUGAGGAUCCCGACCUAUCCGAAUCUCAACAGUCUGCUUCGAAGUCCGCUUUCCAGCCUUCGACAGAAGUCCGAUCUGUGCCUGAGAACGACAGCAGUUACACCAGUGACUAUCAGUACAGCAGUCCCUCGCAAUCAUACGACCCCACUCCUUUCAGUUCUGGAUUUAGCGAUUCUGGUCCCGUUAACAUCAGGGACGGUCUUUCUUCUCAAGCUCCGCUCUAUCCAGAUGAGGACGUGCCCAAAAAGAAGCCGGUGUUGUACGAGGAACUGCGUAACAAGAAUAGAGAGAGCUAUGAGGUCACUCUGACGCAGAAAGCUGAAACGCUGGUAAAACCGCAAACAGUGGCACCAGUACCCAAGCAGGAAGUUAAAAAGAAUAAAUAUGGAGAUGCCUGGGACGAGUAAUCAGCUGUGUGAGGAGCUGAAGAUCUGAACACGGUGACUUCUGAGAAGUUGUCCCGACUCCCUCUGCCAGACCAAAAGCUGCAAUCAAAUGCUGAAUGUACUUUAAGGAGUAAAACACAUUUUCAUAUUUUCUUUCAAUGGCACAUUUGUGGUUUGAAAACGAAUGUUUCUCAUUUUUCGACUUCUUGCUUAACGCGGACUCACGAUAAAUCAUUUUAACAAACUAUCAGUGUUUUUAUUGAUUGGAAAAUUCUGGCCAGAUGUGCUUGAGAUUUUGUAAAUAAACUUUGUAUCAUUACCAAUAGAUAUGGGGUUGUUUCAUAUAAUCCCAGAAAAUAUGUAAAAAAAAAACAAAACAAAAAGGCAUCAGGUUUGAUUCUCAACUGGAAAUGUAGUCCAUCACAACGUUAAAAACUGUGCACAGGUGACAAUUACAACAGUAUGAGAGUAGAUGUGUUAUCAGUCUUCUGUGCUGGAGAUAAAGAGAUGCUCUUUAAAUUCCUAAAAAUAUAUAUACACAUUUAAAUGUUCAGACAUUUCAAAUAAAGGCGUAAUUUAUUUACUGCACAAUGA